AUGCAGUUCGCCCUGCCCCCGCGCAAGCCCUCGCAUCAUGUCCCAUAUACGCGGCUAUCUCACUCCUUAAUAGCCCGUCGCCGCAAGUUGAAAGCAGGUGCCAUAUUGGCUUUCAUUGCAUUCUCGUUCCUUUUCUUGUUUUCUCGACUCUUCUCGCCGUCUUCGUUGCCUGUAUCUUCAGGAGAGGUCGUACCGGCUGGCGUGACCAAUAUAGUCAUUGUCACCGUCCUGGAUGAGGACAGUCUCAGCGACAAAUAUAUUCAGCGCAUUAAGCAGAAUAGAGAAGAUUAUGCCAAGCGCCAUGGCUACACGAACUUUUUCGCAAGCACCAAAGAAUACCUUCCCUACCUGAACGGCGCACCUCGCAGCUGGGCUCUAAUCCCAGCUCUCCGCCAUGCCUACACCUUGUAUCCGAAGGCGUCUCACUUCUUCCAUCUCUCCCCGCACGCUGUCAUCAUGAACCCUUCUCUCUCUCUGACCUCCCACAUCCUCGAUAACAAUCGACUUGAAUCUCUUAUGAUCAAGGAGAAACCGGUAGUGCCCCCGGAUAGCGUGAUCAAGACGUUCGGCCACUUAAAAGCAAAAGACGUGGACUUCAUAAUCAGCCAAGAUGCGGAGAAUCUAUGCCCUGGCAGCUUUAUCUUGCGACGAACGGAUUGGACUCGGUACUUCCUGGACGUGUGGUUCGACCCCUUGUAUCGGAGCUAUAAUUUUGCAAAAGCGGAAAUCCAUGCUCUGGAUCAUAUCAUCCUAUGGCAUCCGACACUCCUUGCAAAAUUAGCCCUUAUCCCGCAACGUAUUUUCAACUCGUAUACGACGGAGUCCCCUUCAUUAGUGCCAGACAGCCUCUUCAAUGACGGAGACUUUAUUAUUCGAUUCUCGGGUUGCGAUUUGCCCAAACCCAAAAAAAGCUGCGAGGAGCAGAUGGAGAUUUACUGGACAAAAUGGGCCCGGGAAAUAAAUAACGCGAAUAAAUGA